AUGAAUAGUAUAAGACGGUGGGUGAAGGGCUUCACUGGCAGUCAGGACCGUCAGUAUGAGGAGUCCCUGCCCCUCACUUCGAACAACCCCAAUUCCAUAGGUGACGAUGACUGGAUGCCACCCCGUUCCCGUUCAAGCCCGACGAUACGAUGGCUUAUCUUCCUCCUUCCCUUCUGUAUCGCCCGACCGCUGGGCCUUACUGAGCGGAAACUACCGAAGACCAUGUCGACAACCUAUCUGAACGGCAUAAGAGGCCUGGCCUGUUGGAUAGUGUUCAACGAGCAUAUGGUCAUGGACAAAUACCGCGAAAUUGUAUUCAAGCCAUACGGAGCAGUCAAAGACGGGCAGAAGUUUGAACACUUCAUCCAGCUACCUCUUGUACGUGCCUUGAUAGCAGGGAAAGGCAUGGUAUGCGUGUUCUUUGUGCUGUCAGGAUUCGUACUGUCAUACUCGUCCCUACGCAAAAUAAACGACGCCGCCAAGCCGAAUAAGCAGGAGAAAACUAGCCGUGACGACCUAUUGACAAGCGUCUCGUCGAUGACAUUACGUCGUGCUAUUCGUUUAUUCGGACCUCUGUUGGCGCUCGCUUUCAUAACUGCACUAGUCACUUACUAUGUGCCCUGGGGUGAUAUGGACCGCAAAGCCCCUAAUAUUUUCGCUCAUGUGUGGACAUUCUGGCUCUCCGCCGUUACCGUCAUGGACCCAUACCACUGGCCGAGACUUAAGCCUUUGCCGCGACAUUACGGGCAGGCAUGGACUCUAGGUGUAGAGUAUCGACUGUCAUUGGUUAUGUUCUUGAUGAUAGCCACGACCGCAACGCUAACCACCGUCGCUCGGAAGAGCGUCAUUAUCUUCGUCGCAGCCUGGUCAGUCUACUGCGCUCGCCGUUGGGAUGUCGCAUGUGCCAUGGGUGGCAUGCUGCUCGCCGAGUUGCGAUUCGCACCAUUGUCGGACGACAUAUCCCGCCUCUUCAAUCGACCUAUACGUAUCACAAGCAAAUGGUUGACCACCAUCCCGGCCGUGUUCUUCGUACUUCUCGGCACCUUAUUGUGCAGCUGGCCCGAAACUAUGCCGUCUGGCGCAGACCCUUACCGUUCUAUUUGGGAAUUGACGCCCUUAGCCUGGCGUCCUGAUUCCGGUCACGGCGCGCCAGAGCCGGUAGGAGGUUGGCUAUGGUGGUGGGGCACUAUCGGCGCUUUUCUGAUGCUCUGGGGCCUUGAGCAGCUACCGGUGUUGCAAAAGGUUCUAUCCGUCAGCUUUCUCAAGUACCUCGGCGAGAUCAGCUACGCCUAUUACCUGCUGCAGGGUUUAGGUCACACUCAUGUCGGCAACCCUCUUUACGCGGUUUUGCAGGAUAAAUAUGGCUGGUCCAAAAACUCGGCGUUUGCUGCCGGGUAUAUCGUUGGCAAUAUUUUCAACAUAAUAGCGUCGGACUACUUUUGGCGCGUUAUUGAUGAGUCGUGCAUCCGCCUGGCACGUUUUGUUGUUGUGGAGUUGCUGGGUGUUGGGAAGCAACCCGGUAAUCGCAGUCCAGGUUCAGCCGUUGGCUAUACACCGGUGCCGACAGCAGCGCCAACAUCUAAUGAGGGUCGUUCUGAAUCAGACAACUUUGCUAUAGAUGACGACGAUGUUGCUCUCAAAGAAGGUUUUGAUGAUGGGAAUGACGCCGAUCGGGUUAGGCGCCGAAGAGCUUCGUAA